AAAAUCUCUACUCAUCUAUCAAAAUUCAGAACAUUUUCUUCCUGCAGCAAAGCAAAGUCCGUUCAUGCCUUAUCGGAUGCUGCCAAAAUGCUGAGAAGAAAACCAACCAAAAUCGAACUCAAAAUCGAAGACAAAGAAGAACUCGAAGAAGCCCGCAAACGCGCCGCCGCCGCCGCCGCCGCUGCCGCCACCUCCUCCACCACCAUCACCUCCACCACCUCCACCGUCACCUCUCUUCUCCACUUGCUCGACCGUACCAACCAAACGAACCCAUCUUCCAAAUCCAACCGUAUCGGCCUCUCCUCUUAAAAGAAACAUACACACGCACAAGAUCAUGGAAGUAGAAGUUAAAUUGCGGAUUCAAGAUGCAGCCAAUCACACUCGCCUUAAAACCCUUCUUUCGCCUUCUCACAUCAAAACCCAUAACCAGCAAAACCUCUUCUUUGACUCUAUCUCUUCCUCUCUUUCCUCUCAACUUGCUGUUCUUCGCAUGCGUUUCUUUAACAAUGAUUCCCUUUGUGUCCUGUCUCUAAAGGCAAAACCUUUACUUGUAAACGGUGUGAGUCGUGUACAGGAAGAUGAAGAGGAAAUCAACCCAACAAUUGGCCGUGAAUGCGUGGCUGACCCAUCGAAAUUGAUUUCGAUUGAAUCGAGGAUUAUAAGUAGGUGCAAAGAGGAAUUUGGCGUCGGGAGUGAAAUGGGUUUUGUGUGUUUGGGUGGGUUUGAGAAUGUCAGAGAUGUUUAUGAAUGGAAAGGGUUUAAAUUAGAGGUUGAUGAGACUAAGUAUAGCUUUGGGGUUUCUUUCGAGAUUGAGUGUGAAACUGCUGAUCCUGAGGAUGCUAAGAGAGAGAUUGAAGAGUUUUUGAAGGGAAAUGGGAUUGAUUAUAAGUACUCUGAGAUGUCAAAGUUUGCUGUUUUUCGAUCUGGGAAGUUGCCUUAGUCAUCCUGAGUUCCUGAUAUCACUGACUUGGGGAAUCCUGAUAAUAUACCUAAGAUCAGAGACAGUAUGACAGCUCUAUUAAUUUCUUUCCUCCAGUGCAGCGUAUGCUCAAGAGACACCUACAUUCUUCAUGGCGAUUGAUAAUAGACUAUUUUGUUUUCUUGUAGCAUUUUUAUCUUGUAAACUCUAUGAAAUUACCCAUGUUCAGUUGAUCGGUGUCAAUGGCUUAGAUUGCUUCUUUUCUUUCUA